AUGUGGAGAUACACGAACUUGUUUGCCUGUCUUCUAGUUUUGUGUAAGGAUGCGUCUUCACAGAGCAAGAUCUUUGGGGAGACUGAGCCAGUUAGGAUGACGUCUGAGGGCUCCGAUUGUCGCUGUAAGUGCAUCAUGCGCCCACUGAGUAAGGACGCAUGUCUGCGGUUGCGCAGCGGCAGCGUGCGUGUGGAGGAUUUCUACACUGUCGAAACCGUCAGUUCAGGAUCUGACUGUAAGUGUUCGUGUACUGCCCCGCCAUCGUCCCUCAACCCUUGUGAGAAUGAGUGGAAGAUGGAGAGGCUGAAGAAGCAGGCCCCUGAGUUACUGAAGCUUCAAUCUAUGGUGGACCUCCUUGAGGGAACGCUUUACAGCAUGGAUCUAAUGAAAGUUCACUCUUAUAUCAACAAAGUGGUGUCUCAGAUGAAUACACUAGAAGAGACAAUCAAGACAAACCUUACCCGAGAGAACGAAUUUGUCCGAGACAGCAUGAUGAGCCUCACUAACCAGUUUAAGAGAUAUGAGAACUACUCCAACAUCAUGAUGAGCAUCAAGAAGGAGAUCUCCAGCCUCAGCCUUCAGCUGCUGCAGAAAGACUCAUCAGAGAACAAAGCACAGGACACUAACGACGAGAGAGCAAAGGAGGCUGUUAAACAGACCAACAAAAAGACCCCUGCGUCCAAACCCCCUCCCAAACCGCCCAAAGAAAAGGUCGUAAAACCUAAGAAGGAAGUCAUUAAACCCGGGAAGCCUCUGAAGCCUGACCCGACAGCCAAGACCAAGGUGGUGGGUCACCAGCCGGGCGUGGUGAGGGGCAUCACAUACUACAAAGCCACCAAGAGCGAUGAGGAUGAGCAGAGAGAAGACAACUCUGCCAAAGUCUACACAGUCCAUCACGUCAAGGAGAGUCAGUCUGAGGACGGGGGAGCAGAGAUAGUCCUGGAAACUGUGGAGGCGACUGAAGCCAGACCUGCUGCCACCACUUCAGAACCCACCACAGUCAGCACCACCACCACUACCACUACAACCACCACCACAGCAACUACUACACCAACUACCACCUCUACUACACCCACUACUACCACUACACAGAGCACAACAGCACCUGAGAGACCGGCUCCCACCAUUGUGUUGUUACUCGACAACUCCAACAACAACAGCCGGCCCACUCUGCACAGGGCAGGAAAAAUCCUCAACUGUGAAGGGACUCUGGCAUCCAUCGAGCAACCGGAGAAGCACCACAGUUACGGACGCAAUGAAGGAGCCUGGAUGAAGGACCCCCUGGCUAAAGACGCCAAGAUUUACGUCACAAACUACUACUAUGGCAACAACCUGGUGGAGUUUAGAAACCUGGAAAACUUUAAGCAAGGACGCUGGAGUAACCUCUUCAAGCUGCCUUACAACUGGAUUGGCACUGGCCAUGUAGUUUAUAACGGAGCCUUCUAUUACAACAGAGCCUUCACCAAGAACAUCAUAAAGUACGAUCUGAAGAUGCGAUAUGUGGCAGCCUGGACUCUGCUGCAUGACGUUGUUUACGAGGACACCACCCCCUGGAAAUGGAGGGGCCACUCGGACAUCGACUUUGCCGUAGACGAAAGUGGCCUGUGGGUGAUCUAUCCUUCAGUGGACUACGAUUACCAUCAGCAAGAGGUCAUCAUCAUCAGUAAACUGGAUCCUGGAGACCUGUCCUUGAAAAAAGAGACAACCUGGAGGACAGGUCUCAAGAGGAACUCCUACGGAAACUGCUUCAUCAUCUGUGGUGUCUUGUACGCUGUUAAUGUGUACAAUCAGAAGGAAGGUGAAGUGAACUAUGCUUACGACACCCACACCAACAGCGAAGCCAUCCCACGCCUGCCGUUCACCAAUGAAUACUCCUUCACCACCCAGAUUGACUACAACCCUAAGGAGAAGGUUUUGUAUGCCUGGGACAAUGGUCACCAGCUCACAUAUAAAAUAAACUUUCUCGACCAGUGAGCACAGCUAAUUUGUGCUACAGAUAAGCUCGAAGUAGGCCUGCCAGUACGGCACCUAAGCAGAAAGAAGACACUCAGUAUUGACAGCCCAGAGACAGCCAUAAUGGACUGAACAGGACAAAGGAUGAACCUACACCAGCCUUCCAGUACCAAUGCAUGCCAUUCAAACUCUUGACCUCACAGUGUAGAAAAGCACACAUCUCAGAUGUGUGGAUUAGAACAUGUCUGUAUAGUAUUUCAACGGAUAGACGGAGUAGGGUGGAAACAAUCUUACAGGUUGGGGUAAGGGCUUAAAGGGUAGAGCUAAAUACUUUGAGGAAAUAAUGCUGCUCCUUUAUUAGACCAUAUUUAAAAAAAUAAAAAUAAAUGCAGUCUUAAAUGGGCAGAGAGAAUGAUUGAAUCUACUUUGAAUAAUGCCACCCAUUAAUAUUGAUAUUUGUUACUUAAAUAGACCAUUUAGCAAAUCAAGAAAUUCACAGGUGUGUAAGACUCAACAUCCCCAAAAGUCAUAAGUUCAGAAUUGGGUAACACUCCUUUCACAUAGCUGCACCUCACAACAUGAUCGGACUUGAAGUGGUUUCCACUGGUUUUAAUAUUUUGUCUCUUGCUCUUGAAAAACAAGGUGAAUUUGCCAAGGCAAGGGCCAUGUGAUUUAUGUUGUGCAAGGCAAGAGAUAUAGUUCACUGAGAGGUUUCCCACAAAAAUAAAUGUUACUUUACCAUCUGUGCAACAAAGUUAAACUUUCUUGACUUCAAAAACAAUCUUUUAAAUUGACAAACAUCUUAUAGGUAAUAAUGUCACAAUUUUGUCUCUUGCUGUUGACUGCCUUUUUAAUUCCCCAAAGUAAGAUUCCAUGGGAACAUUGGGAGACAUACAUAGCCCUCUCUAUGUCAGCAGACUGGCUAGUAAGAUACCUAAAUAGAAUAUGAAUUUAAAGAAUAAACGCCAAAAAAAAGAAACAUGUACACAGUAUUUUUCUUAAAGACAGAGAUAAACCUAAGCUGACAAUUAACUAAAUAUAAUAUAAAGAAUGAUUAUAACACAGAAUUUGAUUUGGCCUGACGUUCCCUCAUACUGGCCGAGCGACCACACUGUAAAGGAUGACAAAGAAAACUCUGCUGUUCCAAACUUAUGCCCCAUCCACACUAAUGUGGGUGUUAUGCAAAAUGGAUUUUAUGUUUGGGCCUCUCAUCCACAUAAACAGUAUUUUAGUUCACAAAAACUGAGAUUUUUUUUCCAAAGUGUAGAUUUUUAAAAACUCUGGUUUGUGUGUAUACUUGUAGUCAGGAAAAACAAUGACAUCACACCCCAUUUUGCUCAUGUAUAUUAUUACUUUGUGUAAUGAAGCUGCACCUGAAAUAUCACAUCCAGGUGUAUAAAUAAGUAUAUGACCAGCAGUAGGGAUCAAGGUCAGCACCGAUACCUUUGUUAGACAGACCAGACCGGCAUUAUGGACAAAUCCACAUCAUGUAAAGAAUACACUCCCACAGCCAACACAAGAAUAUAUCAGCUUUGGAAAAUAUUCAUGUUACUGUAGACAGGACAUUAGACUGUUUAAGAGUAACAACAGAUGAAACUAGCUUACAAAGGUGACGUCACUUGGCUUGAUUUGUAACUACUUUAGUCCUCAAAUGCAUAAGUUAAUUAGUACAUUCAAACUCAAGCAUUCUAAGUGGGUUAUUUAGCUCCACCUAGUUGGGUUUAACUCACCCUGUGAGAUUAUUUGUGCCCCCAGUGCAGCUCUGCUUCAGAGAAACAUUUGUAAAACUCUCAGCUUUUGUUUCAACUCCAUCCAAUAACCAAGCACUUUGAUCAUGACUCUGCGUUUAUUAUUCCGGCCUCAUGAUGCUUCUCUCUUUUGCAAUAAUGUUGUUUUGGACAAUAUGUUGGAUAUAUUAUGACCUCCAAAAAACAAUGUACACAGUGUUUAAGAUUUUUGUUGUAUUUACAUGAGUUCAUUUGACAAUAUCAUAAAAUGUUUUUUUCUGAUUUUUGUAAAAUUUCUGAUGUUUUGUAAAAGUAUGCAGCUUUUAUAUUGUUAAUAACAUAUGCAUAACCACAUUUGUCAUAGACUGUGAGCAUUUGUACAUUUCCCAGUGGAUUUGCCACCCAUAAAUUACACCCAUGUGCACAUCCAUUGCAUCAACAACAAAACCCCUAACCCCCAAAUGCCUAUUUUUGAAGAUGGCUGGCAGCACUAUGUCAGACAUGCUGUGGGAAUGGUGAACUUUAAGACAGACAAGAUAAUUGUUAAAGCAAUUUAUGGUCUUGUUUUGGUCUUGUACACUAAUGUUAUGAUUCAAAACAUAAUUUUGUCUGUUCUUUAAUGAUCAGGAGUGUUUUGUUAUUCAGAAAAAGGGCAUGUAGCUUGCUAUAAAUUGUCUUCUCACAUAAACAAUAAAGUCAUGAAAUGUAACACAACACUUGAAAACAGAAUUGUGUGUCAGUGCUAUGAAAUAAAAUUCUAUCAAACCAA